AUGGACUCAACCGAGCUUUUUAAAAGCGGUAGAAAAAUAUCGAGUGACUUUCUUCAACUGGUUGUCCUCUUUCAACUCAGACAAUCGCCUAAAUAUCGGCAUUUGGCAGCAGAAGAACAAAGAUUCCAGCUGUGGGCUCACAGUCUUGGGUUGUAUCAACAAGGACAUGCAUCUUUGGAUUACCGGGUUCGGGAUGCUGAAAUCGUUAGGUCCGGAUUCGCCCGCAUCCUUGAAGAACUUCAAGCCCAUGUAGAGAAUCUUCUCGCGAUAGAACGUAAUGAACGCCUCCCAUAUGAAGCACAGGAAAUUCCGAAGGAUGAUCGUGAGACAGAAGACAACGACAGCGAUAGAUCUGACUCAGAGAGAGAUAAUUCUCCUGAAGCCAGCGACCUAUCCUCUCCAAGCGAUGAUAGUUCGUUUCAUGAAAUUGAAUUCCGACUCGAUGGCCUUGGUGACGCUAUAAACGCACUGUAUAGCCUUGCAGACCAGAUCAGAAGCUCUCUGCAUCGGCCGCAACGCAACAUACAUCAACUAUACAAGCACAUGCCGGCUGAAAAAAGAGAUGCGGAGAUACAGGAAAGAGAAGAAAUUGAGAUUGCAGCCGUUUGUUAUUUGCAUCGCCAGUACCUUAUCGAGAAUACCGACAAGACAGUGACGGCACAUGACUUUGAGGAAAUAUUUGCAAAAUAUUCGUCCGCCGAACAUUGGCUUCUCCGGAGAACCGGCAUUGCCAAUGCCCGUCGGAAGCAACAGUUUAUAUACUGGAAAGAGCAUGUUAUUAGGCUUAACCAGAUGAGAUCUGAAUUGCCUGAGCGCAAACUCAUCCCGAUUAACCCCGGAACAAAUGAGCCUGUCCAAAAUCAGUUGCAACUCAAUCUGAAGCUUGAGAACACAGAACAGGCGGCGUUGCCUAUCAUACCAGUCUCGACAACAACAGCUACAACGUUGAAGCCCGGCGAUCUCAGAUCCGUCAUUUCACACCAGACUCGGGUAUCGACAAUCAUUAGCCCUGGUGGUAAGAAGCUCGAGUGGCCAGAUCCGCCAAAAGUAGACGUCAUAGGCGGAUAUUUUAUCUGUCCAUAUUGCCAGACUCUAUGUCCUGAGAAGUACCUCCAAAAGAAUGUGUGGAUUGUUCAUCUUAUCCAUGACUUGCAGCCGUACCAUUGCACAUAUGAACAGUGCCUGGACCCAAAUCAAGUCUAUGGAAGCCGACAAGAAUGGAUUAAUCAUGAAAACGGGCAUACACGCGUGUGGCAUUGCCAUGAACACAGUGAAGAAUUCGAGACCCAACCAGAAUAUAUUCAGCACUUAGAAGACUCCCAUCCCGACAGUACCCCCGAGCAUUUCUCACCCGCAUUAGUUGCUGCCGCUGUUGGUCCCUCGAUGCAGAUUUACCGAGACUGCCCCCUCUGUCCGAGCGGCUUCUCUGAUAUUGCACAAAUGCAAUCACAUCUCAUUUUUCAUCUGGAGCGGCUUGCACAACUUGCUCUGCACAACGGCCCAAAGGCUUUAGACGAUGAUACAGAGUCUGGACAUUCAUCUCAAAGCCAUCAGGGCCAGUUGAGAGGCCGAAAAGCCUCGAUAUUUCGAGAUUUUGAUGCAGAAGAAGACGAAUCAUCAUUUGCAGAACUUGUAGCAAACGAUGAGACAGCAACAGUGAAUAACCCGUCUGAUAUUAUCUUAAAUGAAACAACUCUUGGUACGGUUUUUGGAGCAAUAUCUACACCCAAUGUCAACGAAUGGUUGCAAAAUUUAGUUACAGAGGGAUCACAAGAGGAGACAAACACAGCACACGAAGAUCUUUCAUCCAGCCACCCGCCGCCAAAGAGCCAUCUCAAACACUUCCCUCUCCCGGAGGAAUACACCAUAGGAUGGAUAUGUUCGAAUUCAAAAACAUCAUCCCUCGCGGUCGCUAUGUUGGAUGAAAGAUACGCCUAUCCGACAGCUCCACUGAAUUCAUCUUAUGUAUAUACAAAGGGAUCUAUUGGUCAUCAUAAUAUCGUCAUUACGUGUCCGCGUAUCGAGGAUUCUAUUGACGACCCGACGAAGAAAUUGAAUCCAAAUGAUUUGCGCAAGUCCUUCCCAUCUAUUCAAUACUGUUUCAUCAUUGGAAUUGGUAGUGGAAUGUCGCCAAUGAUUCAGCUAGGCGACGUUGUCCUUAGCACACCACCGCACCACUUGCAACGAGUGAAUUCGACUCAAUAUACAAAACACCAACCUGAAUCUUGGGAACACUUUCCUACCUCCUUACUCGCUGCUUUACAUAAGAUAGAAUUAGCCGGGAAAGAUUUCUCUUCGGGCAUAAUACCAAGACAUAUUGAGGAAGCGAAGGAGAAGGCACCUCAUCUUCGUUCUUUACUCCUCAGUCCGCCACCAGAAGCUCAAGUCCACUUCGGGAAGACCAUUUCUGAAACCUGGUUCAUUGAUGGUGCUACCAUUCGGAAUGAGCUCGGUACCGAUUAUAAAACUGAUAUGCUUUGUAUAGAGCAAAAGGCAGCGUACUUUAGAACAACUGUACCGUAUCUUGUGAUUAGCGGCAUCUGUGGCUAUGCAGAUUCGCACAGAAACGAGAGUUGGCAGGACUAUGCGACAGCAGUAGCCUGUGCAAAGGGAAUUGUAGAGUAUCUUCCACCCCAAAGUAUUGAAUCAGAUGCCACUCCCCGACGACAUUCCCAGGUGGAUCCUUUUCGCUGGCUCUCAGCAAUCGAUUACAGCUCUCAGCUGGACCAUAACUUGAGACGAUAUGCCCCGGGAACCUGUCAGUGGUUCCUUGAAUCGGAACAAUAUCGAGAAUGGUAUAACCAAGAUGGUACAGCGCUGUUGUUACAUGGACCCCCUGGAUCCGGAAAGUCGAUGAUAGCGUCAGCGGUCCUUGACCACCUUUCCAACACACUUCUCUCAGAGCAAGCAGCCGUAUUCUGUUAUGCGUUUUUUAACUUCUAUCGUGGAAAUGAGGAGACGGCCGAAAGCCUAAUGUGCAACCUACUCAAGCAACUAUGCCAAAGGCAAUCGCCUCUACCUCAAAAUGUCGAAGAUCUACUCGCCCGACAUAGGAGUCAAAGAACUCGGCCAUCACUUGAUGAGGCAUCGAGUGCCCUGGGAUUAUUAAUCUCUACAUUUCCAAAGACAUUCAUUGUUGUUGACGGGUUGGACGAGUGUAAACCUUCAAGCGCGUCACCGUUAGUAUCGAAAAUCAUGGCGUUAUUGGUCAACACGAGAGCAAAAUUUCUCGCAACUUCGAGAUCUCUUCCCGAUAUUUUGAAAAAGUUUCGCGAGCAUAAUUCAAUCAUCAUAGAGAUGCCUUCAAGUUCAGCGGCUGAAAAUGUUGGUCAAUACAUCAAGAGCUACGUGAAAGGACUCCCGGGCUUUAUGAACCACAGUCCCGAUGCGUUAGAACAAAUAACUAAUACCAUUAUGAAGCAUUCUAAUGGAUCGUUUCGUAUUGCCUGGUUUCUUCUUGAAUCGAUAACGGACUCAGAGACUCCUGAAAGCAUGAUGGAUACCCUGGAGAAACAGCCAAGCAGCCACAAUGCUUUGGAUGCUGUUGGUGCUCUGAUGACGAGAAUAAAAGCUCAAGAUGCGUACAGGAGAGACCUUGCGAUGAAUGCUCUUUUAUGGAUGACUUUUGCAUUUCACCCUUUGAGAACAAAACAACUGCAACAUGCGCUUGCAGUGGAAUUUGGAGAGUCGAGCCUCGACGAAACAAAUAUUCCUGAUGCCGACUAUGUAAUCUCGGUCUGUGAGGGUCUGGUCGUUAAAGAUGCAGAAACCGAUACUUUCCGCUUCUGUCAUGAGUCUGUAAACAGUUGGUUUACGGCACGGGGCAACGAGCUAUUCCCCGACGCUUGCCUCUACAUCACCAGAGUCUUCCUAACAUAUCUCUCGUUUACAGCGUUUGAAAGUGGGAUAGCCCUGAGCGAGGAUGAUCUCAACCGUCGCUUUCAUCAAUAUCCCCUCUAUGCCUUUGCGGCUUGCAAUUGGGGCUAUUACGCUCUUCGAGUACCAGAAUGUCCUGAUAUAUUACUCUUCCUUGGGAAGCAGGCGAAUGCUGCUGCUGCUGCCCAAGUGAUAUUCUUGAAUGGAGCUGGUGACCAAAUCGCAUAUGUGGCAUUACCUGGGGUGUCAGUUGCGAUACAUUUGGCGGCAUUCUUUGGUUUGAAAGAGGCGGUAAAAGUUCUGCUGAGUGUGUUUGACGUGGAUCUCAAGGUCUAUGGUGGUUGGACACCGCUAAUGGUCGCGUCUAUGUCGGAACAUCUUUUAAUGGCAGAGCUGCUGCUUGCCGAAGGGGCUGAUAUAGAAGCUAAAGAUGACAGGGGACGUACGGCAUUAUCUCUUGCGGUUUUCAGAGCGGGAGAAUCAAUGGUGGACUUUCUAAUCACGCGUGGUGCCAAGGUCAACUUUCAUGAUAACGAUGGCAAUACGCCAUUAUUAACUGCAAUUGAUCAUAGGGAUAAAGCCUUGGUGCAACUGCUAUUAACUCGUGGAGCGGACGUUGAGCUGAAGAGCACGCAUGGCGAGGCUCCUGUUGCAUACGCAACCAAGAAAGAAUAUGGAGAUAUUACCAGUCUACUGUUGGCGGCGAGGAAGAAAUCUUCCAUGGGAAAGAGUCCGUAA